UCUAGAUUUGACACAAGACUGUCUUUUUUAUUAUAUUUUUAAAUGGGGAUAUAAAUGUCAAUUUAUAAAGGAGUUUCAAUUCGUAACACUAUAUGUUUCCGGCCCAAUUAAGGUAAUUAGCAUGGGUACUCGUUUCUCUUUUGCAAUUUCAUUAAUAAUAUAAAAUUGUUCCAGGCGCUCACUAUAAUUGACAAAGUCAUCUUCUUCAGAGUUAAACUUUUCCAUGUUUCCGACUAACAUUUUCUACAAUUUACAAUUAGCUCGUCGCCAAUUUUAUAUAUACAGGUAAUAAUUACUCCGGUUAUAAAUGCAAAUCACAUUUAAUAUGAUAGUUACUACUACAAUACAGUUUUUUACGAAUCACGUUUUUCUGACGUCUCUUGACAUUUCAUUUUUUUAAUUAUAGUGAUGUUCAAGUACACAACAGCUUGUUUGCCACUGAAGUGAUUUCGGAUUAUGAUCCGGAAAUACAUAUGGUUCGGGACCAUUUUAUUUUAUUACGCAGACAAAACCUCUAUUUACAGACGUUGGCGCCCUCAACGGGCACACCAACGAACGGACCUCACAUCUCCCGCAAGUUUCACGGGUGCGAAACGGAGAAGCCGUUAAGCAGUCCGCGCGGCUUACGAGGCUUACGGCAUACUAUCCGCGAAAAAACCGCUUCAUCGCGUCUGGGCGUCUCUUUCGACGUGCGGGGAGUCUGCUCUGGACCGGUUGGCCCACCUCAGAGGUGUCGGGUUCGCAUCUUGUCUCUGGGACGGGAUGGUCGUUGGGGCUGUACCCCCGCCUCCGCUUCUUCACACGUCGCCCUCGGCGCGGUCAAGCCCACCGGGUAAAACCCAUGAGGGAGGUCCAGUGAGCGACCAGCGAGCGGGCGACGGACUUCAGCGGGCAGGGGUAGUGUCGUAUCCGGGGGUCGGUACAGAAAAAGUUUUUCCGGACUGCCCAAACUUUUUCACAAAGUCCGUGAGCAAUUCCGAGAGCUGUUGCAUCAGGCGUGCUGUCGCUUCUUCUUGGGCGGGCGGUGGCUGGUCUUGUAUUGAGCGGUUGCCUUCUUUGGGUGGUGGGGCUGCGGGGGGCGUGUCCGUCGGCGAUGCAUUGCUCGCUCGACGGGGUCUACGGCUGCGUCGUUUGGAGCGGCUGGUGUGCGAUGGAGGAGCGUUCGCGGGGACCAUUAACGUGGCCGGCGCGUGCUCGCUCACCUCGGUGGGCUGCUGGAUUGUCUCGGUGGGCGGGCGGCCUGUGUGGGCCACUGUAGUGGCGCGGCGGUUGCGCGCCUGCGCAGUUGCGCGAGCGGGCGGGGGCAGUCGGCGGCGGCAUGUGGGUCACCGCAGCGCACGCAGGCAAGCGGGCGGUGACAUCCCUGGCUGGAGGGGCGGAACCCCUGGCAGCGGUGGCACUGCGCGGGGGUCUUCCUCCCUCUCCAGGCUUCAAUGUGGAUUCCAGUCAUGCUCAUGAGUUCGCUCAUCGUAUAGAUGGCCGGGAUGGUGUCGGUUGUCCUUCUGAGUGCAGCGUAGUAUAAGCAUCCGGGGCGGCCUGCCCGCGCCCGGAUCUGCUUGAUGUGUAUUGCAGCGAAGCCGUUUUCUGCGAGGGCCUCGGCGAAGUCGUGCAGCUUGGUGUCCGAAGGCAGCCCACGGAUGGCCACCUUUAGGCUGCGGUCCUCGGGGCGGGUGUGCGAGUACCAACUCAGCCCGCUCAUCUUGAGGUUGGAGAGGUAGUCCGUGAUGGUGCGGCUCUCGUUGUCGUUCGUCACCCGCGCCAAACGGGCGCGCGCUUGGUGAUCGGCCGAGCUUGUCGUGGAGGAGGCGUAUAUGCGUCGGCCAGUCCGGCAGCUGCUGGACCGCAAUCGGCGGGCUUCUGCAUGCCCGUUGAGACGUGGGAGCGUUGCCGGAGGCCGGUUGUGCGGCUGGCACGACGGUGGGUGGCGGCGGUGGGAGUAUUUUUUCCGGCUGCGAUGAGGGUAGGGGCGAAAAUUUUCGCGGCCUGCGGAAAAUUUUGGCGACUGUGUCGGUAAAACAGUCGGUGGCACAAUCGGCGAUUGUUCAUGGGCGGCGGGGGCGGUUUCUUGCCUGGGCUGGCGUUUCUCCUUCGUAGGGGUCUUCACCGGUGCUGGCAAGGGGGUAAAGAGAGUUACCGGGGAGUCGCCACAGCUGCGGGCAUCUGGCGCGGGAUUGCGCCUCCUCCGGUUUCAGUGACCUCCUGUUGCGUAUGGGCUUCAGCACGAGGGAGCGUGGCAGCGGGAAUGUGAGCGGCAGCUUGAUGCCUUCCUUGUUGGCAUCGGCAACGGGCUUGUCGCCGAGGCAGUAGUUGGUGGUUGAGUACUCAUCCCACUCCAGAAGGCGGACAUAGCUCGCGAUCCACUCCGCUAGACUCUCGGACAAUAGUCCGGAUUCAAUGAGUCGGGCGGCCAUCGCUGCGUCCAAUUCAUAUUGGACGCGAGGCGAUUUCCACCCGUACGUCACUGCACCGUAGCGGGUACAAUCGAAAGCUAUAUCCUCAUCCGUUUCUGGUCGUCCAUUUUGAUGCGUGUUGUGGCUUACGUCUGCGCGAUCUUGGCCGAGCGGUGCCGUGCGGCGCGCUCAAGCCUGCAGCUGGGUGGUGCGGUAUCCACGCUGGCGCGGAGGCGCCAGGCAGUGCUCGCAGAGCAGUAAAGGCGCAGCUUUACUUUGGAGCAUUUCGGGGUAGAAAGAUCCGUGCGCAGCGACGUAGUACGGUCCGCGUCUGGGCCUGCGCGUCGACUAAGGGACCCAAAAAAAGUCUAGUCGUAGACAAUUCUACUGGGCAAAGGUAAAAUUUUACGUGAUGCACGUAAAAUUUUACAUGAUGCACACUCGAACGUCGAGUGACAUCUUGUUAUUUGUCUUUGUUGAGGCUUGUAUUUACCGAGUCUUAAAAAUUUAAAUGUAUCAGACAGAUUGUAACUACUUAAUACAAAAGGUACAUAGUAGUCUGCAUAUCUGUUAUCACACUAAUAUUAUAAAGGCGAAAGUUUGUGAGUGUGUAUGUUUGUUACUUCUUCACGUCUUAACGGCUGGAGCGAUUUUAAUAAAAUUUGGUAUGGAGUUAGCUUACACCUUGAAUUAACACAUAGGCUACGUUUAACUGCGGGAAAAUAUCCCUAAUAAACCGCGGGUAACACCGUGGGGCACAGCUAGUGAGAUAAUAAUUGUUCGAAGAUUACUUUUUAAAAGAGUUAUCAAAUCUGCAAUGUUUGUUCGCAUGAGAAUACAUAAUGGUUAGCUAGUUAAAUUACAGUUAAAUGUUCAGUGUAAUCGGAAUAUGUUUGAGGAACGCACGCGGCACAUGUAAUGGAGGGAAUUUGUGAUUAUUUAAUUUCGAUUUAAAAAAUGGGCGAAAAUGUGUCUCGAUGGAUUACACCGUUCACGAAACAGUGUUGGGUGUGUGGAGGUGUUGGCCUGAACAUGCUCCAGAUGGGUCUGAUCUUCGGCAUCUCAAGCACCCUGCUGCCACAGCUCAGGGAGUCAGGGUCACCCAUCCCUAUAGACGAGGAAGAUGGGUCUUGGAUAGCGGCUGUACCAGGCAUUACUCUCAUUGGCGGAAACUUAAUUGUACCCGUGUUGAUGGGCAAGUUUGGCAGGAAGAUAGCCAAUAUUGCCAGCAUCGUAAUCCUCGGAGUUGGCUGGUGUUGCAUCUUACUUGCUUCGAACGUCACUACGCUUCUUAUUGCGCGCAGCCUCCAUGGAGUGGGUAUGGGAAUGAUCUCCACCCUUGGCCCCGUCGUGGUGGGAGAAUACACCACUCCUGCCAACAGAGGCGCCUUUCUCAUGUCCUUAGCUGUCUCUAUCGCCGUUGGAGUCCUGGCCGUCCACGCUAUGGGUUCUUACCUCACUUGGAAAACAGUCAGCAUCAUCUGUGCUUGCCUGAACGCAGUAACUUUACUCAUAGUCUUAUGUUCACCAGAAUCACCCAGCUGGUUAGCUAGUCAGGGCAGAUACGACAAAUGCAAAACAAUAUUUCGAUGGCUCAGAGGUGACAACGAAGAAAAAGAAUUAGACGAACUGAUAAAUGCAAACAUGAAAGCGAGGAAAUUUUUAGAAGAGCAAUCUAGUCUAAAAUCUAGCCAACCAAAUUUUAUGGUAAAAUUAAAGCAGGAGUAUCAGAACUUCAAAGAUAUUGUUAAAAACAGAGAAUUUUUCUUGCCUAUUAUUAUAAUGUUUCAUGUAAGCGGACUAGGUCAGUGGAGCGGUAUCAAUUUUUUUUGUAGUUAUGGCAUGGAUUUUAUAGACUUGGUCAUUGGUAAAGGUGUAGAUGCGGCGUUGAUACUCAUUUCUCUGGAUUUCCAGCGAGCGGUGUCCACUACCAUAGGAUUGGCGAUAGUGAAGAAAAUUAAGCGGAAGACUUUAAUGAAUCUGAGCAUCGGAUUGAAUCUGUUGGCCAUGAUGACGACAGCUGCAUACGUUUACUUUAAGACUCACAACUUAUUGCCUUUUGAUAGCAUCUACAUUGGUAUAGCGUUACUGCAUAUCCAAAUGUUUCCUAUAGCAAUUGGAGGAAUGCCUCUUCUUGUGAUUCUAAGUGGAGAGUUAUUCCCGCUUCGGUUCAAGAGUUUGGCCGGUGGAAUCAGCGCUGUAUUGUACUCCUUGACAAUUUUCGUUUCUAUCAAGACUGUGCCAUUUUUGCUCAACAAUUUACAGUUGACUGGAAUGUUUUUGGUGUAUGCUGCCUUAUCAUUAUACUGUCUCGGUAUGGCAAACGUCUUCCUUCCUGAAACAAAGGAUAAGACUCUCCAGGCGAUAGAAGAAGAGUUCAAAGGUGUCAAAAAACCUGUACAACCUAUGGAUGUAUUUACAACUAAACCUGUUUAGUUCGUAUUUAGUGUAUUAUAUUGUACAAAAAUCUGUGAUGACUGUAAAUGUAUAGCUAGGGUAAAAUGCUCCAGGUUUUCUUCUUAUUAUAAAAUUUUUGUCACGGCUAUAACCUCUUUUAUUAGCUACUAGCUUGUGCCCGCGACAUCGUCCGCGUUUUCGUCGUUUUUCGUAAAAAAGUAGCAUAUGUCCUUCCUCAGGGUUCCGUGGU